AUGGCGCCCCCAGACCCCCCCGAAGCCCCGCGGCGCCAACCAACACCAGUAAAGCCGGGCGCUGCCAACGCCCGGUCCACCCAGGAGCUGCCUGUGCGCUCAGCCGUGUGUGACCAGUCCCCAUCUCAGUCCCCCAAAGGUGACAGGAGUGAUGUUCUCUCCCUGGACCUGGCCCCUGAUGGCCACAGGAGCAUUACUCAGCCUAAGAAGGUGCCCAACCUGAUAUGGGAGUUCUGUAGCCACUGGGACCUUCACUGGGAGCUACUUUUCAGCCACAGCAGGGGCAUCCUGCCUUGGCACAGGGCCGAGCUCCUGCAUGUGCUGGAGAACUGGCAGCUGAGCAGGGAGGAGCUGCAGGGGCCCCCAUCUGACCUGGAGCAGCAGCUGAAGAAGUGCCACCAGAGACUUGAGGAGUAUGAGUGGGAGGUGGGUGGGCCAGAGCUGGACCCUCAUCCUGAGUUCCUGCAGGUGCAGGACAGCCUGCAGAAGAUGAAGCUGGCAGAGGCAGGUGCCCGACACAUGUGAGCCAAAGCCAACCCAGCAGAGCUCCCUGAGUCCCCUGGCACACACUGGGCUGCCCCCCUCCUCAGCACAUCCCAGCACUGUGAACAGCACCUGACACUGCCAUUCUGAGUGAGCUUGUGGUUGAGGGUAAGUACCGGAGCCUGGUGUCCCUAUGCCAGUGAGAACCAGGGUGCCAGGGCUGGAAGGAGCUGGUAAAACCAGGGCAGUGCCAGGGGUGAUAUGGGGGAUCCAGGCAACACUCUCCCCUGACCUGCACCUGCCUGGCUCCAUGAACCAGAGAACAACCAAAUAAAGUCUUUUAUCUGGUUUUCUUGCUGGAAAUGGGACAGAGACAGGGGUGGGGUGGCAUUGCCUUGAGCUGAUGGUGUAUGGUGGGGAUGAAGGGUGGUCAUGGUGGCCACUGGCUCAUUUCGCCGAUGGUGCCACCAGCCCAGCUGCAACUGGUGUCCAUCCAAGGCCUUCCGCCAUCCCCUGGUGGCACAGAGCCUUCCUCACUCCUUCAGUUUCCCUCUCCUUGUCCUCUGUCUUCUCCUUAUGUUUUUCCCCAUUUCCACAGUUAUGCGUGUUUCACCCCUGCCCUUUCCACCUGCAGCUGCAGUCCACUGGGAGGGAUAAAGAGACACUGGUUUGAAUAAAUCUCAUACCAACAGCCCCAGGCUGACAGCACCACCCUAGGCACCAAGGCAGGGAACAGGCCAU